AUGGAAUCAUUGCAACCGCACAGUCCUUCGUUCUUGGAGGAAUCAAGCCAGCAAGGGAGCCCCGACCACCAGGAUAUACACAAUAGCUUCGACGGACUAGUGGAGGAAAUCCAGACGUCAAGCGGAAGCCAGCCCGAAUCUCGAGCACAAGCCAUAAGAGCAGUACAACAUUGUCGCUCUUUAGAAGCGAUCGUCUCCGAGCUUCUGUGCGAAAAGCAGCGCCUCGAGGAAAUGAACCGACAGAUGCAGAUCGCGCUGUCUCGGGAGCGGAAGGAUUACGACCGACUACUUCAACGUUUUGUUGAGCAAGAUGUCACGCUAUCUUGUUUUCAAAGCGCAUUUCCGGCGCUGCAAGAAGGGAUGCGUGAUCUCCUCGGUGCUUGGGAGAGUAUUGGCGCGCCAGGCGUUUAUCAUACUGCAUAA